AUCCCCAUUCCAACAGCACUCUCGGCUAUCGCACACUCACUCCAGUUUUUUCCACUCAACACCUUGACCUACCGCGUACCACCAAUCUUCUCCGUACACACAAGCCAACAUGAAGUUUUUCGCUCUCACCAUUCUUGCCACUCUGGCCGUUGCCUCUCCAAUCGUCCUUCCAGAGUCCGAGGCCAUCGAAAUCCAGGCUCGUCAGCUUGGCUUAUCCAGGACUGAGCUUGAAAGUGGCAGCUCCUCUGCCUGCCCCAAAGCCAUCCUGAUCUUCGCGCGUGGAAGCACCGAGACCGGCAACUUGGGUACCUUGGGCGUGCCCCUUGGAAACGCCCUUGAGAGCAGGUACGGUGCUGCUAACGUCUGGGUCCAAGGUGUUGGUGGCCCCUACGACGCUACACUUGGCGACAACUUCUUGCCUCGUGGCUCCUCUGCCGCUGCUAUUAGGGAGGGCGUCCGACUUCUCAACCUGGCCAACAGCAAGUGCCCCAACUCCGCUGUCAUCACCGGAGGUUACUCCCAGGGCUCCGCCCUCAUGGCGGCGGCACUCACCGAUGUAACUGCUGCUGUCCGCAACAGGGUCGUCGGUACCGUUCUGUUUGGCUACACUCAGAAUUUGCAAAACCGCGGCGGUAUUCCGAACUACCCCUCAGACAGGCUGGAGGUGUUUUGCGCUAUUGGUGACCUGGUUUGCUCUGGUACUCUCACCAUCACUGCUGCGCACUUGUCGUAUGGCGAUGAGGCCGCUGAUGAGGCACCGAAGUUCCUGAUCAGCAAAAUUGGCGCUUGAUUGACUUU